AUGGUGUGGCGUGUGGUCUGGGUAAAAGGAGACAAAGUAUAUUGGGCACUAGCAAUUGGAGUGUGUCUUCUCGUCAUAGAAAGUUUCUUCACUCUCCGAUACACAAGCAGAGGGGAAUGGAAAUGGUUUUCCCCGAGUGUCUUUUUGUACCUCUGUUCUGCCCUUCCCUGUGUUUGGAUCCUGGAGCUGAAUACAGUGGAAUUUGUACCAAAUGCCUCUUUAGGGUCAGCGCACAGAAGAGAGCAUCGCGGACUGUCUAUACCAAAGGUAUUUGACACAACAAUUUGGACAACUGGACUGGAACAAUCAAUGUUAUUCAUACUAGUGCUUGGCCGCUGGCUAAUGCCUGCAGGAGAGCUGUCUGAGGACCAACUUUCACAGCUGCUAAUGAUGGACAUUGGAAUGGGAGCAGACAUCUUGGAGCUAUUUGAACCAUUCAAGGAACCAGAUAUCAAGAUCAAGUAUAGAGUGCUCAUUUUUGGACUUUCUGUUUUCUCGUGGGCCUUUCUUCAGUUCCCAAUUGUCCUUACACAGACAACAUCUGUGGCCACAAACCAGUAUGAUGUUGUUGCCACUGAGGAAGGGAAGGAACCAGGAAAAACAAGAAAGGGGUUCCUUCAGACCUGUUUCUCCAGUGAAAUGUGGAGCAAUAUUGUCACAGUGGGAAUGCUGGAUGGGCCAUUUUUCAUCUAUCGAGUGUAUGCCUUGGCAUGGGGAAAGAUGGAGAAUCAAAUGACAAUCUUCUUUGCCUGUAAAAAUGUUCUUUCUGUGGUUUUUGUCAUUUAUAUGGUGUCUAAGGACUGUUGUAAGACAGGUGACACAGACACUUAAGCAGAAAAUUAAUUUGCAGUGUUUAUUUUUGAUAAAAUGUUGAUCAGUUGAUGUAAAAGCAUACUAUGCUUAUCUCAGUAACCUAUUUGUAUAUUAAGCAGAAUUAACCUUCAAAGUUUCAGUUAAAUUGAGUAAUUAUAUUCAUUGAUAUACUUUUGUGUGGUACUUUUAAUGGGGCAAGUGGAAAGGCCACCCUACAAGGAUUCAAGGGCAGCAGGGUUUUGCUUCCUUGUUCUUUGUUUGAGUACUUUUGUGUUUUCCCUGUGCUUAUCCUUCCUUCCUUCCUAUUUAUCGUUAGAUAAAACAUAUUUUAAGUAUCUUGGUCUCCUUGUCAUUCACUCAAGGUUCAGUGAAACUGUAAGAGCA